AUGGCGAAUUCACAGAAGCUAAUGCUUGUGAUCAGAUCAUCUCGUCCACGUUUUCGCAACAACAACCACAAAGUCGAAUUCGUAGUUCACGCUACUUUCGUCGCAAUGGGACGGCCUGCGUUGGCCAAAGACGCUCUCGCUUCCACUCCUACUAAAGGAUUCUAUGCUCGAGUUUGUGGAAUCUUGGCGAGGUUGGGAUGGAGGGAUGGAACGAGUCCGACGAGUACGCGUUUGUUACGUGAAUCCGAAGAAAGGAUCUAA